GGGAUAGUCUUAGCAAAUGACUGUUUGCUGCAGGCAAUUGAUCACUGCAUCUCCUGGAACUCCUCUGUUUGAAAUUUUUGUGAUCAAAGAUGCCGAGGAAACAUAUGUUAUGCAGGUUGUAUACUUGCAACGAGGCAAAGGAAGUUCUACUAAUACUGCUAGUUCACUUUUGAAGCCCACAAAAUCUCCAUCCAGUUCUGCAGUUGAGAAGCCACCUGCAGUAGAUGUUCAAGAAAAUGAGGUCAUAUCAGAAAGGAAUGAAGAGAAAGGUAUAAAUGUUGAGGGGGCAACUGAAGAAGGGAUAAAAAGCGUAAUAAACUUUCUGAAAGAUAAAAUUCCAGGAUUGAAGGUUAAAGUCAUGAAUGUCAAUGUUACUGGUGAAGUCAUAAGUGACAGUGAUUCAGUGCAGCAGUUGAUGCAAGAAGAUGAUGAGAAGUUGAGUUCUAGUGAGAAAUCUGAUGAUGAAACUGAUAAUUUGGAAGAGAUUCAGCCUGAAGGGGUUGCUCUGGGAGAUGAUGGUGCUAUAGCAGAAGAGGGAAAGGAUUUGGAUACCAAGCUUUUUAUUGGUGGGGUUGUACAUAAUAGUGAGGAUACUCUUGCAAAGGAUGAGUACGUGCGUCUUCCAGCGGAAAUUAAAGAUAUUGAAAGAGAUUCUUUUGUGCUACAUAUUCCAAAGAAGAGUCUGGAUUAUGAAAGUGGAGAAGGUAAAGUCCCUACGGUGAAAGUAGCAGCUAUAGCAGCUCAAGGUGUUUCUGAGCUUAUGCCUCCAGAGGUUGCCCGGGCAUUUUGGAGCGGCGACAAGGCUUCUUCAAAGGUUUCCAGAGAUGUGCGGGAGAUCAUCAAACUUGCUGCUAGUCAAGCACAAAAACGGAGCAGGCUAUCUGGGCAUACAACCUUCACUCGGAUUAGUACUUCUGAAGGCAAUUUAGAUCCAUUUAGUGGUCUGUGCGUUGGUGCUUUUGGUCCAUACGGCACUGAGGUAGUGCAGCUGAGGCGCAAAUAUGGUCGCUGGAGUGAUGCAGGUGAGGCAACUCCUGAUAUGGAGUUCUUUGAAUAUGUUGAGGCUGUGAAGCUCACUGGUGAUCUUAAUGUUCCUGCUGGCGAGGUGACAUUUCGUGCCAAAAUUGGCAGAGGAAGUCGCCUUCCCAAUCGAGGGAUGUAUCCGGAUGAAUUGGGUGUGGUUGCAAGUUACAAAGGCCAAGGAAGAAUAGCUGAAUUUGGUUUCCAAAAUCCCCAAUGGGUAGAUGGCGAGCUUCUACAACUCAAUGGCAAGGGAAUGGGACCAUAUGUCAAGGGUGCAGACCUUGGUUUCCUUUACAUCGUCCCCGAACAGAGUUUCCUUGUGCUGUUCAACCGUUUAAGACUACCAGACUAAGUCACUUUAAUACUGUUAAGGGUUUUACCUGACAAGAGCUCAAGCAUUAUGACACGAUGGUUCUUAUCUGUCCACAAUUAUUAGGGUACAUCUUUUGGUGUUCCAUUUGAUUUUCCUUUUCUCAUCUGGUGGUGGGAGGCUGGUGUUUGGCAUUUUUCCUUCUAUGCCCUUUUUACAUCUGAGUUUUCUCCUUCUCUCUCCCGCUUUUACUGACUGUGUAUAUUGUUUGUUUGUUUUUGAGAAUUUAGCAAAUAAACCUAGCAAAGUAUAGCAUUAUGGCUUUAUUUCCUUUAUAGGUUGUAUAGACGUAUACUUUAUGAUGUGAAGUUCUUUAUACACUUGUAAUAGGAUCUAAAGGCUUGCAUGAUAUGCAGGUCUUUCUUAAGUUGCUUUUCUGACAAUAAUUUUUUAGUAUUCUUAUAGCCGGAUCUUUUUGUCAUAAAUCCCCAUUUUGUGCUUGAUGGA